AUGAGCCAAACUGCUAGCAAGAAUAGACUAAAGAUUGCCUUUAUUCACCCAGAUCUUGGAAUUGGUGGUGCAGAAAGGCUUGUAGUGGACGCUGCUGUUGGCCUGCAAGAAGAGGGACAUGAAGUUGUGAUAUAUACAAGUCACUGUGACAAGACUCAUUGCUUUGAAGAAAUCAAGAGUGGAAUACUGAAGGUGGAAGUUUUUGGAGAUCAAUUACCAACAAAUUCGUUAGGCAGAUUCUUUAUCGUGUUCGCCAAUCUGAGACAGCUCUAUCUGGUGCUGCAAUUGGCCUUAAGAAGGAAGCUUGACGCUCAUGAUUUAUAUAUCGUGGAUCAGCUGUCUACAUGCUUACCGUUUUUGCACGUCUUGAGUAGUGCGAAGCUGCUCUUUUAUUGCCAUUUCCCAGACCAGCUGCUUGCUCUCAGAUCUGGUAUAAUGAAAAGACUUUAUCGUGUACCGUUUGACUUGUUUGAGCAGUUUACCAUGGGGACGGCCGAUUCGGUAGUGGUCAACUCCGGCUUCACCAAGUCUAUAUAUCAAAAGACGUUUCCUUACUUGAAAGGCUCCCCAAAGGUGAUCUACCCUUGUGUUGAUCUGUCUUUGCCAGAGGUAGAUGAGUUUGAUCAGAAUUUUUUGAAUCGUCUCUUAGGUCAGAAUGACCAAUUUUAUCUCAGUAUCAACAGAUAUGAGAGGAAAAAGAAUAUCUCACUGGCAUUGCAAGCAUAUGCCUUGUCCAAACAACGAGGUGAAAAUGAUAACAAGUUAAUAAUAUGUGGUGGUUAUGAUGAGAGGAUAGCUGAAAAUGUCAAAUACUUGAAAGAGCUUCAACAGGAAGCCAAAAGUUUGGAUCUAUCUCACACUAGUAUCUUUUAUCCCGAAGUUCAACAAUCUAAAAACUUUGAUCAAUUGGAAGUUACUGAUUGCAAGGUUAUAUUUUUAACAUCGGUAUCUUCCUCGCUCAAGGAACUAUUAUUACGCCGAAUGGAGCUGUUGUUGUAUACGCCUUCGUUUGAACAUUUUGGGAUCGUUCCUCUAGAGGCAAUGAAACAUGGUAAGCCUGUGAUAGCGGUCAAUACUGGAGGGCCAUUGGAGACUGUUGAAACCCUUGUUCAUGGGCAGAAUGAAGCAGUGGCAACGGGCUGGUUGAAAAAUGCAGAUGCAGCAGAGUGGGCUGAAGCUAUCAAUGAGUUCACCAAUGUAAAGAACGAUGCCUCGGUCAAUUUUGCCCAUAACGGUCCAGACAGGAUCAAAAAAUACUUCUCUCGUGAAGCGAUGACUAGUAGUUUCGAAGAGGACAUCGAUUCCUUUAUCAGCAAAGAUAAGGAGGUAUAUGGCUGGGAAUUUGCUAGAGAUGUAAUGGUUAAUGGUCUCUUGCAAGUUUGUUGUAUGCGCAUUUUCGAAAGGCAGAAUCUGAUCUGGCCUUACUUAAUGUUAGCGAUAGUUUCGGUCUUCUACUUCAAGAGUUGGCGUUUUGGUACUUUCUGGAGUGCAUUGGUUACUGCCACUGCUUAUGACAUGUGGCAUAGUGGUCCUUAA